ACAUUGACAGGAGUCGUGUAGAAAACGGGAACUCCUCAGCUUACUUAAGGAGUGCAAAGAAUCAGUAUGGCAACUAUUAAAGAAGAAAGCUCAAAUAAGAUUUUUGGAGGAUGGCAGAAGGUCUAUUCACAUGAAAGUGCGGAGCUUGGAUGCAGUAUGAAGUUUGGCGUAUUCGUUCCCCCACAAGCAGAAUCAGGACCAGUGCCAGUGAUAUAUUGGUUGUCUGGGUUGACCUGCAAUGAGCAAAACUUCAUCACCAAAGCUGGGUCUCAGCAGCAUGCAGCCAAGCAUGGUUUUUUGGUGGUAGCUCCUGAUACUAGCCCUAGGGGCUGUAAUAUUGAGGGAGAGGAAGAGAGCUGGGACUUCGGUACUGGUGCUGGCUUCUAUGUUGACGCCACCGCAGAAAAGUGGAAAAAACACUACCGCAUGUAUUCCUACGUCACCAAGGAACUCCCUGCUGUUAUUGCUGCUAACUUCAAUGUGGAAAGUGAUAAAACUGGCAUAAUGGGACACAGCAUGGGUGGCCAUGGAGCUCUGAUAUGUGCCUUCAAGAACCCCGACCAAUACAAAUCUGUGUCAGCUUUUGCUCCAAUUUGUAAUCCUAUUAAUUGUCCUUGGGGAGUUAAAGCUUUAACUGGUUAUCUUGGUGAUGAAGACAAGGAUGCUUGGAAGAAAUAUGAUGCGUGUGAGCUGGUCAAGAAGUACAACGGUCCUCCCCUGGAGAUCUUUGUAGAUCAGGGCAAGUCAGAUAACUUCCUUACCCAAGGUCAGUUGCUCCCAGACAAUUUGGUUAAUGCCUGUACUGCUGCUGGAGUUCCAAUCGUCAUGCGAUUGCAAGAGGACUAUGACCAUUCAUAUUACUUCAUCUCAACCUUUAUUGGGGAGCAUUUUGACCACCAUGCAAAAUUCCUAAAGGCAUAAGGUUAUAAGUUUGUUUCGGCAAAAAUAAAUCAGAUACUUUGUGAUUUGUCAGGUUUUGUAAGAUCUAUACUGUACAGUACUUUAAUUACAAAAUCUUACUCAAUAUUGAAUAAAAACAUCCCAAGA